AUGGUUGCCCUCGCACCUAUUGCGGACAUGUUGCCUACCCUAUAUCCGCAGAAUGCCUCCCAGAAUGGCAUUUUCAGUUCUGAAGAGGCAAAAUAUGCCGAUACUACUCCAAUCAGCAUCAGGACUGUGGAUAAAGCGUCGUCCGAAUCUGACAGCGCCGAUCACAUUCCGAUUACCGCAAACGGUAAUGCCGCUACAAACCACGCGACAGAUAAUGUCAACGGAGACAUUGCACCUUCAAUUCACUCUGAGGAUGAUUCAAACGAUAAAAAGAUGGCCGUCGAUAUUCUCAAGGUCAUUGAGAGUUAUGGUGCUGACUAUGAGAAGAAUGGUGGUUCCUGGAAGGGGCUCGAGUCCUUCAUCCCCACCGUGGAGGAGCGUGUUAAACUCGGAGAACCGAUCCGCAUGAUUCUUCCUGCUUUUCCUUUCAAAUCUCCCAAUGCAAGGGAUAAGGUGUUGGGUACGAUGCCCGACUUCGGUGAAGAGUUGGCGCUUGCUCAUCUCAACGGGCUAUGCGAGAACAUCGCCCAGGUAUACGAGCCUGGUGCGGAUGUAUACAUCAGCUCUGACGGACUGGUGUACAAUGACAUUCUUGGAGUUCCAGAUGAGACAGUCUGGGACUAUGGAGAGGCCUUGCGACAGAUGGCCGUGGACAAGGGUCUUCACCAUGUGAAAUUCAUCCGUCUGUUUGAACUCCUUGAGCAUCCAUGGUUCAAAACAGACAGCCCAGAGGAUGCCAAAGCAUUCUACCUAGCUCACGCUAGUUGUCUUCGCCAUGAACUGAUGUACAUUCACGGUGACCCAGCCUUUGAUGCCGACGAGGCAAUCAAGACGGAUAAUGAUACCUGCUUGACAUAUCGUGGGUACAUCAAAUUUCUAACCAAAGACCUCGCACAUCAGGAGCAAACUCAGUUGCUAUCGAAACGUGCAAGACAAACACAGAUUGCUCAAAUCGCGCGCCAGAUGAUCGUCCGUGGCAAGAUGUUCGCUGCUGCCAUCAAAGCCAAUCGAAAUGACUAUGUCCGACUGUCAAUUCAUGAGUCCGCAGGAGAGAAGAAGCUGUCUGUGUCUCUCAUUCCACGGCUUCGGGGGGCACUGGGCUUCACUCCGUGGCAUGCAUCUGUAGCAGUGGGCGUGGAUGGCUCCUAUCGUACCGUUCACGCUGAAGACGUGCGCGACACCCACGACCUGAUCUACAAAAACGGCCAGCCAUAUUACUUCCGCGAAAGAUCCGAAAUCUUCAACUGGGCUGAAGACGGUAUCUCUGUUAAGUUCGAGCAUCUCUAUCCCUGCGGACUUAUCAUUCGUCCUGCCGACAUUGACAAUGUCAACCCACCCCCUUCAAUCACUGCUCUGCCUAUGCGCAAAUUUCGCCAGCUUUCAAACAGUAUGUCACCUGUUAUUGUACGUGGCUUUUCAGAGACUCUCCAGGAAGAUUUAUAUGUCAAGGCUGCUGAGCAGCUUGGCAGUAUUCUCCCGUGGAGCUUCGGGAUAAUCCAGAAAGUCCGCGAUGCCGGUCGCACCGACAAGCUGGGCAACAACGUCACCUCGAACGAGGCUAUGCCCAUGCACUUUGACGGGAUGUUCAAGUUUAACGAAGUGACCGAUCCCGUUACCGGAGAAAUGAGAAGAAUUCAAUGUCCACCAGGCUACCAAUUCUUCACCUGCCAAGCGACCGCACCAAAAGGAAGCGGGUAUACACUCUUCGCCAGCUCGCGACUAUUCUUCCGGUACCUGCCACUCCCAUGGACAGUUGAGCGCCUGGAAAAUAUCACAUGGGCAAUGGAUAACGACGGAUUUUGGGACGCCAAGUUGAAGAACCUACCACUGAUUGUGAAACAUCCCGUUUCAGGGAUGCCCUGUGUGCGCUGGCACCAGCCAUGGGACUCGAGCAAAACCAAGUUCUCAACUUGUGAUGUCACGAUUGAGAACGACCAUCCUAGUCUAGUUGGGGUUAUGGAUCGGAUUACUUAUGACCAUCGGGUAUGUUUGCGCUUUGAGUGGGAGAAGGGGGAUCUGCUCAUUAGCGAUAACACGGCUAUGCUGCAUACUCGCACGGGGUAUAAGACUGCUUGUGAUCGCGAACUGUGGCGUAUUCACUUUGAUUAG